GCAUAAAUUGGGUGAGAGAGGCAGCGUGAGCAUGCUGUUAGGAGUUGUCAGCCUCAGAAUUGGAUUUCUUGAAUAUAGUUACAGUUUCGGAGCAAAUGAGAACUGGGAGGAACACGUUUCUACUCCGAGAAUAGCUUCUUCGCGGCAGCUCAAUUUAAACGGGAGUUUAAAUUAGAUUUGAGUUAGUGCAGUCGUUUCAUUUUCGAAUGGAAUGCACCGUGGCGUCUCACUUUAGUUUUAGACAUCGUUAAUUGCAAGCGUGGAUAUUAUACUGACGCGCUGCGCACGCGAACGCGACUAGGGGGACAUCGCUGCAUGUAAUCUCCGAAAUACAUUAAACAAUAGAAUAACCGACGCAUAUGCUUCUCUACAUGGCAUUCUGUCUCUGAACAGCGGAAAACCAACACAGACGAGCCUGUAUAGUUAAAGCUUGUGGCAGCAACGCGGACGAUUAUUAUUUUGUUGUUGCAAAGCAAUUUCUUCUCAGAGACGCGAGCGGCGCGCGCAGAAGUGUGCUGGAGCCGAGAGCGGAUCGCCUGGAGCCGGACUCCUCGCUCCUCAGGACGAUGGUGUUAGACAAGGAAGAGGGACAGAAAUGGGGGAAGGGUCGACAACCGAGAUUCCAGGCUGUGCAAAGAAUGAUGACAGGUGUGCCGAUGCUCUCCGUCCAGCCCAAAGGAAAACAGAAGGGAUGCGCCGGCUGCAACCGUAAGAUUAAAGACCGCUACCUGCUCAAGGCCCUGGACAAAUACUGGCACGAAGACUGCCUGAAAUGUGCCUGCUGUGACUGCCGCCUGGGGGAGGUGGGCUCCACCCUCUACACCAAAGCCAAUCUCAUCCUCUGUCGCAGGGACUACCUGAGGCUCUUUGGUACAACGGGGAACUGUGCAGCCUGCAGUAAACUGAUCCCAGCCUUUGAAAUGGUGAUGAGGGCCAGAGAUAAUGUUUACCAUUUGGACUGUUUUGCCUGUCAGCUUUGUAACCAGAGGUUUUGUGUGGGCGACAAGUUUUUCCUUAAAAACAACAUGAUUCUGUGUCAGAUGGACUAUGAGGAGGGGCAGCUCAACGGGAGCUUUGAGACGCAAGUUCAAUAGCCAAUCAGAGACGGCAGCAGCAGCUUUCAAACACACGCUUACGCGCUGGAUGGAUGUUCUGCUGCACUCAGAGAGAAGAGCAUCUGUCCGCUUGCCUGCAAUACUUUUUACAGUAAAAGCCGUAUUGGUCCCUGAGGACUCUAUUGUAAAUGUACUACUUUUUGGCCCUUCCUGUCCCCAACACUGAGCAGUUACACGUUUUGAUGUACAGUUGUGCCUGCUUAGCUGAGCACUGUAUUGCCUGUAUGGUUUUUGUGAUGUUUUUUCUGUUUUGGUCUCAAUCUUUCUCUCUCUCACACACACACACACACACGCUCUCUAUUUCUCUUCCUCAUGUUCUUCUAAUGCUUCUCUGAGGGUAUGUACAGUCUGUUUUCUGUAUAUAAACUGGAACAUUUAUUUUAUGAAACUGUAAUGCAAUUUUAUUACCAGUGUGAAUUAAAAAGAUUCUUAAAUGUUCAUAGUUGAGUUUGUUUUCUGAUCCCAAAGCCAAAAAAGUUUGAAGAAGCUGGCCCACGGAUCAACAGAUGUAAUUAUUGAACUCUUAAAACGGCUUAAGCUUCGAAAAACGUCUAUCGGACAACUACAAAGAAAUAAUAAAUGACAAUUUUCUAUACAGAAUGGCAUAAUGAAGCAGCAUAUUUUAAUUGCUGAUGGACAAAGACAAGUUGUUUUCAGAUGAAUUAAAUAUGGUCUUAUUUCGAAUAAAGCAAAUGAAUUCAAAAACUCAA